UAGCAAAUACGUGGUCGCCACACUUUGGCUUGUAGCUAAUAGAUGCUACAGGCUAACCUCUCACGAACCAGCAACAGGUAUCUGUAUUUUUUCGGAACCGAUCCAUAUUUGGAUCUAACCACGGCUCUUUUUUUAACAAGGGACCGGUUUUGAAGCGGGAUUUGUCUGCUGAGGCCACAGCUCACUUACUGUUAGCACCGUGAGCUAGGUUUAGCUUUAGCUCCGCUGCAACAGUAUCAAAACAAACAGAAGCUUGCAGCGGCUAGCAGCGGCUAGCAGCCCGGGAGCAGGACAACAUGGCGACGGAGGAGAAGAAACCAGAGACAGAGAACAUCAAACAGUCCUCAGCCUCCACAGGUUCCGGGAGUAAAUCUAACCCAGCUAAACCAAACUACACAGUGAAGUUCACAUUGGCUGGACACACGAAGGCGGUUUCCUCUGUCAAGUUUAGCCCUAAUGGAGAGUGGCUCGCCAGUUCCUCUGCUGAUAAGCUGAUAAAGAUUUGGGGAGCGUAUGAUGGCAAGUUUGAGAAAUCCAUCGUAGGACAUAAACUGGGGAUCUCUGAUGUCUCCUGGUCUUCAGACUCCAACCUGCUGGUCUCUGCCUCAGAUGAUAAAACACUCAAGAUCUGGGACAACAAUUCUGGAAAGUGUCUGAAGACUCUUAAAGGUCACAGUAACUACGUCUUCUGUUGUAACUUCAAUCCUCAGUCAAACCUGGUGGUGUCUGGAUCGUUUGACGAGAGCGUUCGUAUCUGGGAUGUGAAAACAGGAAAAUGUCUGAAGACUCUGCCAGCUCACUCAGACCCCGUCUCUGCUGUUCACUUUAACAGAGAUGGUUCCCUCAUUGUCUCCAGCAGCUAUGACGGACUGUGUCGUAUCUGGGACACGGCAUCGGGACAGUGUCUGAAGACUCUGAUUGACGAUGACAAUCCUCCAGUGUCUUUUGUCAAGUUUUCUCCCAAUGGAAAAUACAUCCUGGCUGCUACUCUGGACAACACAUUAAAGCUCUGGGACUACAGCAAAGGAAAGUGUCUGAAGACGUACACCGGCCAUAAGAAUGAGAAGUACUGCAUCUUUGCCAACUUCUCCGUCACAGGAGGGAAGUGGAUCGUGUCGGGCUCUGAGGACAGCAUGGUUUACAUCUGGAACCUUCAGACCAAAGAGAUUGUUCAGAAACUACAAGGACACACAGACGUGGUGAUCUCUACGGCCUGUCAUCCGACAGAAAACAUCAUUGCCUCUGCUGCGCUGGAAAACGACAAAACCAUCAAACUGUGGAAGAGCGACUGUUAGAAGUGAAGAAGAUGAUCAUACACACACACACACAGGCCUAGAAGCUGAACUGGUUUUAACAUACACACUCCCAACGAUCACACUCACAGGAAAUGACUCUGUCCUUGAUUAAGUUAAAAACUCUUGAUCUUUGUAUGAACUUUUGUUGAAACCAAAGUUCAGUUGAAAAAAAUGUAUAGAAAUUUUGUUUUGACAAGCGAACAAUAUGAAACGGUAACAUUUACAGGACGAGAUCUGUAGAGAAACAGUCAGAGCUUUAGAUACAGAACACAUCUGUAUCCUGUUUAUUGACCACACAAAGUCCUGAGGCAAAGAGGGCGGAGCCUGUUUGCCAGCAGAGAGCAUUUUGUAUUUUUCACCCACGUUAGGUGAAGACCUGCCUGUACUGUGCCCUCGCCCUUGAAUUCACUUGAUCUAAGCAAUGGUUCAGUUUUUUGAAGUUUUGUUGUGGGGACACACAAACAGGUUUUCAUCACAUAACAAAAGGUUCAUCUAAUGAAAUCUCUGCCCUCUGAAGUCUGUGAUGUCUUAAAAAUAUGUUUGCAGCUUCAUUUAUAUAAACACAAUUUAUCUCUGUUAGGCAGCCUUUUUCCAAAGCCAUUUGAGAAAGUUUAGCUUGAGGGGUCACAGGAGCUGCUGGUCUACUGCAGCCUUGUUUAAUAUGUGUCACUGAGUUCAUCUG